UCCAUCCUCACGAGCAGCUCGCACCACCUUUGUGAUCACCUUCUUCGCCCGUUCACCGUCCGAGCUCUGCAAGCGGCGCCGUCAGCUAGCCAUGGCCGCCGCACGGACGUACGUCGACUUCGUGCCGUCGCACGACCUCGUCGAGGACAGAGGGAAGCAUACCCUCGUCGUCAACCUCCCAGGGUUCAAGAAGGAGCACCUGAGGGUGCAGAUCGACAACUACGGCCGGCUGAGGGUCAGCGGCGAGCGGCAGCUCGAGGGCGGCCAGUGGAGCCGGUUCCGCAAGGAGUUCCAGGUCCCCGAGGGCUGCGACGCCGGCGGCAUCCGCGCCAGGUUCGAGAAAGACGGCGUCCUCAACGUCACCAUGCCCAGGCUCACGCCCCUCGAGGACGACCCAAAGGCCGCGGCGGACGCUGCCGCCGACGCAGAAGCUGCGCGGCUCGCCGCCGCCGACGCAGAAGAGAAGAAGCGCCUGGAUGAGAUGGAGGAGGACGCGAGGAAGCGUCAUGCGGGUGACGAGGAAGAACACGCCAGCGGCGAAGGCGAAGACGCACACCACCAGGCCGUCCAGGCGGCGUCUGCCGGCCGGCAGGCGUACGGCUUCGCCAGGGACCGGAGCAGGAGCGGGAUGGUGCGGGCACUCCUCCUCGCCGUGGCGGUGGCCUUGGUCGGCGCUGCUGGCCUGUAUGCUCGCUACAGGUGGAUGGAUCCGUCGGCUGAGAGUGAGACGGCGCCGGCAGAUGGUGCUAUCGUCAGCCUCUUUGACUACUGAUCACAAACACCAUCCAGAAUCCAGAUAAGAUCAUUCGAGAAAAACAGUGGCGAAGAUACGAGACUACAAGAGCCGUCGUCUGAAAUACUUGUGAAUAUAGUGUAUAUGAUCUCAGUACUGUAACUUACACAAUCAAUCGGUGCUUGUACA